AAUGCAUUUGUUUUGCAGAUUCUCUGUGAAGUCUGUGAAAAGAAUAACUGGGGAGAACCCGUAUUUGAAUUACUCUCACAUUUUCAGAAUAGUUCCGGGGAUAAUGCAGAACAGUUAUUUGCUUACAAGGUUACAAUACCUGGUUUACUUGGACAAUAUAAUCAUUUUCAAGGAAAUAAAUUGUGCACAUAUCCCGAAGGAGCAAAGCAAAUAGCUGCAGAAUGCGUUCUAGUACAAUUAGGUAUAUCGUUAGAAGGUAUGGAGACGACAGUAGUAUCAACGUCGAUACAAGUCCCUCCCCUUAGCGGGUCCGGCAUACCUGUACUAGCGGCCGUCACUGCGACGUAUCUACCGUCCGGACAGUUCGGUCCCGUCCCGACUAAUGCAACAGCUUACGAACAAGGCUACUACCAGACGGGAGCGCCCCAUCCGCAUCCUCCUCCUCCGCCUCCGCCGCCGCCGCCGCCGCCUUCGCAAGUGCAGAUGUACUGACAUCGGAAAACCGGAGUUUGGUGGGACGGCCCGGUUCCCGGGUUUAUUUAUUUUAAGUUUAGAAUACAAUAAUAACCUUUCGAGAAUAUUCGCUUUUCGGGCCCUUUGUUUUGUAAUUUUAUACUUUAAAACGGGCGUCCGGUGGGACUCAUCCUUCCAAACUUUGCGUUUUAACCUUUCGUUUCGGUUUCCAGUUCAAUUUGGGGAUUGUUAUUUUUACUAUUGUCGUCCCUGUUCUUAUUAUUAGUAUUGUCGACUCGACCGACGGUCGAAUGGUCUUAUUAGUAACUAAAUGCAAUGAUCACUCCUCCGCACCACGCUGUCGGAAAACAUUUCGGGUUAUAAGGCGACUACCAUCUAAACUUUGACCCGAUAAAGAACGUUUCUCUACUCCGGUUCGACUUCUUUUGUUUAGAAGAGGGGUGCUCUCGUCUCUCUCAGUAUUUUCUAGUUUAACCGGAAGGCCCUCGGCCCACCGUCUCGAAGGGCUCGGUCGUAAAACAAGGAUUGUUCGGGUCGUUCCUUCGGGAGAACGAGACCGGAAUCCGGGCCUGGGAAGCACCCUCUGUACAUUUGUCUCGCGUCUUUACUCGAUGAAAGAUGAAAAUGUAAAAUUUGAAAUUUCCACCCCGCCGGCAGAAACGGAAAAACGAAAACCCCUCGGAAAUUCCUCCUCCGUUUCGAAAAUUGAAUUCGAUAGUUAAUUUCCAUCCGUCGUACUGUACAUAGAAACUCCGUAAAUACGUCCUCUUAAUUGACUCAAAAUGUUUUAAUAAGUGAUCAUUUCCAUUUUGUUUUUGAUUUAUUUAACGUAUUUAUUGUAGACCCAGUGUUUCUUUUGUAAUGUAUUUAGCAAAAUCAAUAAAAACUUUGCAUUUUUA